AUGGCUUCUCUCAACCCAAUUACUCCAAGGACUAUUGCUAGAAGCAACAUGUUCGUGUUGUUAUUCUCCUUUAACUACGUUCACUGCACGCUAAAUUUACUCAGGAACGCGAUUUCCAAUCGUGGCGGAUCUUCCACUCUUCCUCAGCACAGCCAAGCAAUUCCAGCAUCACAUCCCUCUUCGGCUCUACAGGGUAUAAUUGCCGAUGGAGCUCAACACAAUAUCCAUCAAAGCACAGCUGCUUGCCCGUAUCAUUCUCAAAUCCUCGCACUUCGACUUGCACGUCAUUCGACCGAUGGAAUGAGUGCCCUCGGAAGAUACAUUGAAACCCCGAUUGCAGAGCUCCCGAUGACACUUUGCGCCAACAUUCGCGUGGGGAGUGCGUCAUCCGCUGGCUGUACCUGUGGUCAAAUACCCCAGGAGGUCAUCGACAACCUGACACGAGAAGCUAUCUGCGACCCCGGCAUCACACCUGAAGAUACGACAUCCAAUUUGGUAGCAAGGCCCUAG